GCCGCCGCCGCCGCCGCCGCCGCCGCCAGAGUCGACAACUCUUCAUUUCUCAUCAUUCAGCAUUUGCUUCUCCUUCCAAUCACCCCUCCCUCUCUCGCUCUCUAACCACCUCACUCUACCCUCGCCACCCAGGCAUCCUCUCACACACGCGCGCUACACCGCGUACAAAAAGCACCACUCCACACCGACUCGGUCCCCCCUCCACCACCCCCCUCCCCGUCGCCCCCUUCCUCCAUGCCGCUCCAAAUCCUCUCGCAUCGGCGGAACAAGUCGAGCGCCAACACGCCCGACUCGCAGUCGGCGCCCGCGUCCCCCGUCAUUGUCGUGAGCGAGGGCAGCACGCCCGUGCAGGGCAUUUUGCGGCAGCCGUCGGCGCCCAGCGUCGCCGACAGCGACAUGACGGGCUCGAGCACGUCCGCGUCGGCGUUCGGGCGCGCCAGCCUGCGCACCAACGGCCUCUCGUUCGGCCGCACCGACACGAGCGACUCGCGCUGGUCCGUCGAUGACCGCGACACGGCCUCGACCCCCAACACGUCGGUCUCUUCCUUUGGCGCCAUGUGUCCUUUGCCCGAGUCGGACGGCGUCAAGCUCAUCCCGUUCUUCAGCAUGACUGUCUCGUCGACGUCGACGCUGAGCUUCAUCGGUCUGCCUACGCGCUUCCGACCGCUCGUGCUCGACACGAUCAGACUCGCGUGGAAGCGCGGAAUCAAGAACUCGGGCCCCGUCGAGUACCAGGCCGACCUGAUGAAGUUCCAUAAAGCCAAGGGCUGCGACGGCGGCGUCUGGGAAGUCACCAUGAAGGACAGCUGCUGGAUGCCCCGCAGCGAGGACAAGGUCUCGUCCAAGCGUAUCAUUCUCUACCUGCUCACCGAGUUUUCGCGUAUCGGGUACCUCCUGGAGUCAAGUUUCCGCACAAGUGCAAAGGACUCUGGCAAGGACACGCUCACGUUCGCCCGAGCCGAGCCCGAUGCCGACCCCGUAUUCAUGGGUGUUGCAUUCUACUCGUCGGACAGAAUCUGGAUUAUCGAUGCUGAGGCCGAUGUCGGCCAGGCGCUCGAGGAGGGUAUCAAGGCACACUGGGUCGACGGUGUGCGCGACGCCCGUGUCCGCGAGCGGCAUUGUCGCGAGCUGCGCCUGCGCGGCAGCCCUUGGGUCGCACACCACGCCAUGGGUCUCAUCAGCGCGCGCAGCAUCAUCCUCUCGAUCAUGAAGAACAUUACACAUACGUCGCGCGGGUACACGUUCGUUGGCAGCGUCAACAUUGCCGACCUCGACGAGGGCGAGAUGCCGCUCCUCAUCUUCCGCAAGCUGACCACGACCGAGCGCAACAGCGGCAUGUUCGGAUGGGGUGACCCCAACGCUACGGUCCCUGCGUUCCAGCCCAUCAGCAAGGCCGCGGCUGCCAGCAUGGCCAAGUGAGGACUUUGUGUGACGGCUCGCCCCAGAGGCGCUCCCGUCUGUGCCUAGUAUAUAGUAGGCGCUGCCAGUGACAGCGUUAGAUUGUGACGAGAUAUGUAGAUUGUGACUGUGCCAACUGACACG